AAGAACAUUUUGUUAUCUGCUAAAAAUAAACAAUGGGACGUCUAGUUUUCUUUUAUUCAAUUCUCUGUUUUGUCUUCCUAAGUCAAAGCUUUUCUUCAUCCUUUGUGCAGCAUCUUUGCUCUCCCAGUGAAGCUUUAUCUUUGCUUCAGUUCAAGCAACACUUUCAAAUGUCCGACAAGUACUCUAAACAUUAUAGUACUUCUCUCCCAAAAGCAUCGUCUUGGAAUGAGAGUACGGAUUGCUGCACUUGGGGAUGGAUCACUUGUGACAUGUUAACUGGUUAUGUAAUUGGCCUAGACCUUAGUAAUGCAAAUCUUAGCGGAACUAUUCAUCCUAACAGCAGCCUCUUUCAACUUCAUCGUCUUCAGACGCUAAACCUUGCUUACAAUAACUUAUCUGGUCUCAUUCCUGAUUCCAUUGGCAACUUCACACAAAUCAGAGAGUUGGAUUUUGGUUCCAAUCAUUUCACUGGCCAUAUUCCUUCAACAAUCUCAAAAUUGAAACAUCUCACACGUCUAGAUCUUUCGUUUAACUCACUUGGAGGUAAAAUUCCCGAUGUUUUCUCUAACCUCCGAGAGCUAGUUACAUUGUAUCUUUCUUAUAACAGCUUCAUCGGUCCAUUUCCCUCUUCGAUUUUAAACUUGACACGUCUUGAAAACUUAGACUUGUCUAGUAAUUCCUUGUCUGGUCCAUUGCCAAACAAUGUCAGCAUGCUUCUAAAGCUAGUUGACCUGGAUUUUUCUCACAACUUGCUAAAUGGAACAAUACCAUCUUGGGUGUUUAGCCUCCCUUCUUUAUAUAUGUUGGAGCUCCAUCAUAAUCUAUUCAAUGGACUAUCCGAUGAGCUCAAAGUGAAUCGAGCAGUAGGGCGUUUGGAUUUGAGUUAUAAUCAACUCAAUAGUCCUGUUCUUCGAUCACUUCAAAAGCUCACAAACCUUGUAAACCUUGACCUUUCAUCAAACAACAUCACCGUUGAUGGGGGGACACACAUCACUUUUCCUAGACUAGAAAUUUUGCGGUUAUCAUCUUGUGAACUGAAGGAUUUUCCACAGUUUCUAAGAAAUUUAAAGACACUUCAGGUCAUAAAUCUUUCUAACAACAAGAUUCGUGGUCAAAUCCCUAACUGGUUUAGCGGGAUGAGGUGGGACUCGUUGUUUCACCUAAACCUUUCAUAUAAUUCACUCAAUGGUCACAUAGAUCUAUCUCAUUUCUAUAGUCUAGUGUCUCUUGAUCUUAAAUUUAACUUCCUUCAGGGUCCACUACCUGCAUCCAUUUGUAACAUGAGCAUCAUUAGCCUUCUGGAUUUAUCACACAACUACUUCAGUAACUCGAUUCCAAGUUGCUUGGGUAACAUGACUCAGCUAACGGUGUUGGACUUAAGAAGGAACAAUUUCACUGGAAGUCUUCCACCGUUAUGUAGUCAACACACUUCAUCGACUACCAGUAUUCUGAAUGGUUAUGGUAAUCAAUUGACGACCAUUAUCUUGAAUGGUAAUCAUUUUGAAGGACAUGUCCCUGUGUCAUUACUCAACUGUGUUGGUUUAGAAGUUCUUGAUAUCGGGAACAACGCUGUAAAUGACUCAUUUCCAGCUUGGCUAGGAACUCUUCAAGAGCUGCAAGUCCUUAUAUUAAAGUCGAACAAGUUCCAUGGACCUAUAAGUACUAGGCUGAAGUUUGGGUUUCCCAGGUUGCGGAUUUUAGAUCUCUCUCAUAAUGAGUUCAGUGGCUCACUGCCUGCAGAAGUUUUUCAAAACUUCAAAGGAAUGAUCAAAAUAGAUGACAGUGACAAAGGUGAGAUCGAAUAUAUGAAAACAUCAGACUCAUUUUUUGUUAUGUACGAUGAUUCAGUGAGGUUGGUGAUCAAAGGAAACGAUAUGGAGCUAGAAAGAAUCACUACAAUUAUGACAGCCAUAGAUAUCUCAAGCAAUCAUUUUGAAAGUGUGAUUCCGAAAACACUAAAGGAUCUCAGCUCACUUUGGCUACUCAAUUUAUCUCAUAACAAUCUCAGAGGAGAUAUUCCUAUGGAACUAGGAGGAUUGAAUAUGCUUGAAGCGUUAGAUCUCUCUUGGAAUCAACUCACUGGAAAGAUUCCGCAACAAUUGACAAGGCUAACCUUUCUGGCAUUCUUAAACCUCUCUCAAAAUCACCUAGCUGGACGCAUUCCUCAAGGUUCACAGUUCAACACAUUUGAAAAUGACUCGUAUGGUGGCAACCUAGAUUUAUGUGGUCCUCCUUUAUCAAAGCAAUGUGGAACGGGUGAUCCAUUGCAUAUUCCCCAACCAUUAGAGGAAAAAGAAGAGGACGAGACAUAUUUUUUUAGUGGAUUUACGUGGGAAUCAGUAGUCAUAGGCUACAGUUUUGGAUUAGUUGUUGGAACUGUCAUGUGGAGCCUCAUGUUUAAAGCUGGUAAGCCAAAAUGGUUUGUAGAAUUUUUCGAAGGCAUUAUUCCCCACCAAAAAAGAAGGCCAAAUAAGAGAGCUCAAAGAAGACGGACUUAAUUUUUUGUUUGGUGUGUGUAUAUGUUUGACAGCAACUUAAAUUGUAUGUGUUCCUUUCCUACUAAUCUUGAGUUAAGAGCAGUUGAUAAAGA